GCCCCAAAACAAAAAAAAGAGAAACAGCGACUUGUGACAUCUUAUUUUGAAAUGUACAACAGGAAGUAAGGCUACGUGUCGUGGCCGAAUUGACGCAGGAUGCUGCAAACACACACCGUCUCUUGGCGGACAUGGCGGCAACUUGAUGAAGACGGCGAGGGCUUGAAAAAGAAAGAAGACGUCCGUAGCAGGCUGUAGCUAGGCCCCAUCGCGCUGACACAAAAAGGCAACAGUCCUUCGCCAUGUUGGAAGACGAUAGCGCCCUUGUCCGCGAACGACCGAGGCCGGGGAAAACGUAAGCGCGUCAGUGAGUGUUUCUAAAAGCGGAGUCGCGGCUACGCAGAGGAGCGGAGCGGCGCCGCGCGGCAGCUCGGGGCGGACGGGAGGACAGCCAUGGAGGAUGCGGCCCGCGGUCGCAGGAGUCUGAUUACCCACCCUGCCCACGCUCCUUUGGAUGGGAAUUUCCGCUGAGCGCGACGGAAAGCCGGGACAACCCACUAGCCGACUCUUAAGGGGAGGAAAACGCGAUCGGCUCCCGACGUCCAUGACUGUUGCGGCAGAGGAGCCCCCACGGUGGAGUCGGCCGGUUCCCAAAAUAUGACCAGGGGUGCUGGGACGUGUUGGCAGCAAGACGACGACGACGGCUUCCAAAUCUGGCUCGAGCCCCCUCGCGACCACCAAAAGCCAUUCACCGACUCUGAGAGGGCGCAGAGAUGGCGACUGUCCUUGGCAUCUCUCCUGUUCCUCACCGUCCUCCUCUCUGAUCGCCUGUGGUUCUGCGCCGAGGCCAGGCUGGCCCGAACCCCGGACAAGUUCGCGUCCUCCCACCUCCGCUCCCCCCACACCCACUCGGUGCACAUCAGCCUCACAGAGAACCCCCACGCUAUUUUUCUAGGAAACUCCACCAAACAUCUGUGUCGCCUCGAAACUCGCCACCGGGACAGUUCGUCCGGCGACUGCUUCGCCUUCGCGGAUGCGGACGACCUGUGCCGCGGCCUCUCCGACAAGCAGGGCCCGCGGGUCGCUAACAUGAGCGACUUGUUCCUGUCCUUUUGUAACUCCUACUCUCUGCUGGACCUGUUCGACGGCUCGGCGAGCCCGGACAACCUGAACUGCAGCGUCCGGGCGCUGGAGGACGGCGACGCGACGCGAUGCGGCGAGUGCGUCCAGGCGUACCAGCGCUACGACCAGCACGCCCAGGAGAAAUACGAGGACUUUGAGCUCCUGACGGAGAAAUACGAGCCGGGGGCUUAUUCGGUGAGGACGUGCAUGGAGCAGUGCAAGAUGGCCUAUAAGCCCUGGCUCUGUACUCAGUACUUCCCCAACAUCAAGCAGUCUUGUCAGAGGAAGAUACCGUGCCAUCGGUACUGCCUGGAGGUCCAGCAGAGCUGCCCGUUCAUCCUGCCCGACAACGACGACCUGAUCCAUGGCGGAAACCCCAGCUUCAUCUGCACAGGGCUCCUGGGAGACCAUCCAUCAGACGGCGAGGCGGAGUGCUGCGACGUUCGAUGGGACUCCAAAAUGGACAGCCCUUCAGGCAGCACGCUUCAAAGGACUGCUUCUUCCUGCCAACCCGAGGGGGCUUCGGUCACUUCCGCCGCCAGCCCGAGACUGUGCAGCGGGCGACUGAAGAUAUGCCUGCUGGCCCUCGUCCUCCUACAAACUGUCAUCAUCAUCUCAGCCUCGCAUAACUCUACGUUGCUGGACGUGGCCGCCAUUUUCUCUCCGGAGGAGGCCGCUCCGAACGAGGAGUGAACCCCUCGAUGGGGGGUGUCGGGGAGCGGGGUUAUGGCUUUUUACAGUGUCAUGGCCGCCAGGGACGAAUCUGGCAAGACGUGCCAGAGAUGUCACCGCGAUCUGCUGCCAAACGAAGCAUCAAUCACACAACGCGGGAGGGCUCGACCUGGAGAUCACUGGGCUGGAUAUCGACCCAAUCGAGAUGUUCGGGGACCACGCCCUACGAAGAACUGACCUCUUGCCACUAGGAACCUGCUCAUUGUUUCUAUCUCAUCCACAUGUUUUCUAGCAUAUCGUCCCUGUUUUCCUUCCCCUCCUGCCUUUCCUGUCCUCCGGUUUCAGUGUCUGGAUGGGUGAAAUGGACAUUGACGACGUGUGCAUUCCAGCUCAUCGUUACCUUUAGAUUUUUGCUGCACUUUUUCACCCUGGGUGUCAGAUUACUUUGACAUUUCCGCUCUGUUCUUCUCUCAAUCCCUCAUCUCCAUUGGUGCGCCGUACGUGUUGUUGCUCAAGGGCCUGUUGGCAUCAGCUCAUCCUUUAGUUGUGGAUCAUGCUUUCCCUCAGAAAUGUGGUUCUUCUGUGUUCCGUUGUCGAGCUUAUGUUGUUUUUUUUCUACUGGAUCUUUUGUGAACCCCUUACAACGGCACAUGCCUAAGCAUUUUAGGACCUUAAGUGCUCUGAGACUCGCUUCCUCCUCUGACUUGUUCUGCAGUUGGAUAAGUUGGGAGUCAAGUGGAAAGGUUGGUGAUACUGCAACUGUCUGAGGCGUUUUCUUUAAUGUUUUCCUUUUAGUCUUUGACGGGACGCCGCUUGUUCUAAGUGUUUAGUUCACCUUACACCACAGUGGCUAGUCUUACUGGUUAAAUUGUUUGUGUGGGAGAAUGCUGGAGUUGGAAAAGGCCAGAACACAGGGAGCCUCACUCAUCAACCAUGAACCUGUCUCCAUAAAUAGGCUUUUCCCACCAAUCGGUUCCACUGUUUAACCACUUCUUAACUGGUCCAGUUUGGAUUUCCACAACCAGAAAACAACUUUUACUCUUUAUCUCAGUAUCCCCAUCUUAGUUAUUAAAAGUUGACUAUAAUAAAACACAGCUGGGACUUAUUAGAACAUAGCAGAGGGUGAUAUCAAAAUAAACAGCAGGAGGCAAAGUUGUAAACAUUUCCUCUCAACUUCCAAGCAUAAGAAAAGGCAUUUAUUGCCUGCAGCUUUUUUCCUGUGACCCCACACCGCUGUAAUUCUUACCAGCAAGCGCUCUAAUUUAGUAAGAAAUUACUUCAUGCCUCAAUUAAUAAAGUGCCUCUCUUUACAUACAAUAAUAACCACAAUAAAUAAACUUAAAUUAAGGUGCAACAAGACAGCUGAGUCAAAGUGAAAGAUGUAUUGUGAUAAAUGGUUAACUCUAAAAUGUUGUUUUCUAAAAUUUCACUUUAUUUUUACAAGAAUUCCCCACUGCUUUCACUUUACAAGGUUUUAUUUAAAACACCUCAAUGAAAUAGAUCAAAACAGUUUGCAGGAUCAUAAUCUUAAUUCUUUAGAUAGAAACUCAAAUUUCUACCUUUGAUUAGAUUAUCCACAAUAGUUUAAAAACUUUACAUGGGGAUUAUAGGAUUUUACUCGGAGAUAACCCUGCAAGCUUCUCAGCUCGAUGCUUGAACAACGAAGCACAUGUCAUGGUAGGAGGAUGGAAAGUCAUGCAUAAAAAACUGCCAAAAUCAAAACCGUAAUUUUGGCAAGUGGUUUAAACCCUCUCCAGGCAGAUGCUGCAGAUUUGCAGCAGCUCAAUGCUACUUAGCUAGUCUUUGCAAGUAAUUUGAGCCUGAGAGGGUUAAAACUGUGCAAAAAGCAGCCAUAACCUUGCAUGUGUUUGGACGACUUUUUAACCAGAUUGGUGGCACGUUUUGCUGCCCAUAGAUGGUGCAGUUGUUUCAGUUCCGAAGCACAAAAGUUAAUAGAGAAACAAAAACAAGGACAAAAGAAAAUGUGUGACCCUCGAGCACAAAACUUUUUUCCCCAUGCGAGGAUUAUGCUAACUGCAUAAUAUCCAAAUACAGAUAUAAACAUUUUGUUUUAUUAUGGAAAACAGUUAAAUAUGAAAACCAAUCAUAUAAUGUAUCACCCAAUAAUAUCAGCAAAACCUGCUAAUCCAGGAACCUGGAAGUUAACUGCAUGUAAUGGAGGUUUGACCUUUAAGGCAGACCAGAGUUCACUCAUUUAGUUCAGAUGUUUGGAAAAGGGUUCAGGCUAAACAAAAAGUGCCCAAAGAAACACCACAUCUGUACUCGUACUAGAGGUUGAGAUGGUGGAAAUACAAAGAACUGGUGCUAAGCAAGAACUAGCAACAAAGAGACAAUAUAGAGUGGAAAACUCUUAGAGCUAGUUGAGGUAGUUCAUUUCUGAGGAACUGCUUUCAUAGAACAGAUUUGUAUUCCUACUCCAGUACAGAAACCUUACCAUGGUGCCCUUGGUAUGUAAGCAAAAAAUGCUAAACUGAACUUCUACUGAUCCAGACAAUCCAGUCAGUUCAAUGCUUCUUUGUGUUGGUGGGUAGGUUCAACCUCACCUUAUGUCCUUCACCCUUGAAUGGUCACGCCCACUUUUGGGGGAAGCAGAUACUUUGAUUUGAAUGGGUUGUUUGGUGAACUGGGCUAACUAUCUUAAGGUGACUAGAUUAUUAAUAUCAAGAAAAAUGUAAUUAUCCAGACAUUCACUUAAGUCUUUCUGGGGCUCUGCAUCGAUUUGAAUCCCUUCACUUCAGAGUUUUUCUUUACAAUGUACCCAAUUAGCAACCAGAAAGAACAUAGUGUAUAUGUGUCCUGGUGUGCUUUUUUAGUCAAGAGACCAAUUCAGUUCAACACCCAACAGUUUGAAGGUACUCCCAUUUAAAUUGUAGCAUCUCCCAAAAGUUUCCGUUGACAUUGUGCAGGGGGUUAAGUACACAGGGGUGAGGAACCAACCUAUUUGCCUCUAAAUAAGUGGCAGUGAAACCUGCGUGGGAACUUCUUUGAGUCUUCUUGUGGAGAACUGGAACUCAGGAGGUUUCUGGCUGCUCUAGAUGGCCGCAAAUGUUUUACUUGGCGAAUGAGGCUCCCGGAUCUUUAGGUGACUUUUGGCCGAAUGAUGCAUCAAAGCGGGAGAAAGUGGUGAAAUCGAAACACUUCAGGGUUAGCUUCUUCUUCUAGACAAGUUCUCCUGCGGUCAGUUUGGCUUUUCAGGAUCUCAGAGUUUGUACAAGUCAGUCAAUCAAACUACCUACUCUGAAAAUCACCCCAGUUGAUCAGUUAUAUUCUUUAUCUGACGAGCAAAGAGUCAGUGUGCAAGGAGUGUGAAGAGUUUUUAAAGGGCUGAUCCAUCCACUUUUAUGCUGUUUUCUGAUUUUCAAAUGGCGCCUUCUAGUCAAUCAUCUUUUCCCCCCUUUUUUUUUUACUAGCGAAAGGACAAAAACAAGACAUUUCUCCAAAUCCGAGUCACUGAGAAAAUAUUGCAUAAAUAACAUGGUUGCUUUCUAAUAAUGGCUGAUCUGUCCUAAUACUUUUAGCAGUGGAAACAUUGUAUGAGCUACUUGGCAUCAGAUAACAAUCUGGCCCAGUUGGACGACCCUUGACCCUUCUUUUAAGGCCUCCCAGAUGAGAGAAGACAUUCUCCACCCACAUGUUUGGCUGCUCCCAUAUAUUUGGCUCUGCCCCCUUAAUCAUUAGCUGACUGAGUCCUGUGGAUCUAUGCAGAUGAACCCCCCGCCUCAAAUCUCCCCAGCCACUGUCCUUCGCCUCCUCUAGUCCUUUCUGUUGUAAAUAUGUCCUGAGGAUGUGGAAUCCCCUAAAAGUCGCCCCUUCCUGCCUUUCCUGGUCCCUCCCUCCCCCACCCGCUGGAAUCUCUGUGUUUUCUGUUCGGCUCCUCGGUUUUUGUCUGUUUUUUGAGAUUUUUGCCACAUUUUUCUGUUGUCUAAAGCAGUGGUGUGAGUUGAUGAGUAGGACAAAGUUGGAUGUUUAAAGGGUUGACAUAAAGAGGUCUUUAAGAAUAUAUAGAUAUAUAUAAAUAUAUAUAUAUAUGAAAAAGACAAAGCUUGAAAUGAGAAAAGGUUUAAAUAUAGAGAAAAAAUAUGAUAAAAGUUGUCAUAUUGUCAUACUAGAGAUGCUUUAGUUUGCUAUUUUACUUUCUUUUUUUUUCUACAAAAGACUUGGAUGAAAAUUAUUUAUAAAAAUGCGUCCCACAAGUCAUGACCUUUUUUGGACGUGAAACAAAUACAUUUAUUAACAUUUUGUUCAAAGGAAAAUAAAUAUAAAUUAUGUUAAACAUGA